AGCCAUAAGGCUGUGCAGCUUUGACUAUUACCUCCCUCCUCCAGUUCCCUUUGUCAUGCUAAAUCAGCAACAGAGAGAGAGUCGGGGCAGUUCAUCACAGAGCUGAGCAGCGUGAAUGGGACAAAACAAAGCGAGGGAGUACACUGCGUCCGACUGAAUCUGACUUCUGCUUCAGGGAUCUAGACGAAGCCAACAGAAUGAAGAGCAUGCUGCCUCAGAAAAGUGCAGGGCCUUCACUGGGCUACAGCAGCACAGAUUGCACAAAGCUACACACCAAUGGCAGCGCAGUGGGUGGGGUCACCAUCCGUGGUACGCGCUCAAAGGCAGAGCUGCAGGAGUUGAUGGACAGCCUGCAGCGAAGGAAGUCUGCUCUGGAGGCCAGUUUAUUACGGGCCAGCGCAGACCGGUACCUCAGCCUGUCCCCACCUCCCAGCCCACUGUCCACUGCGUCUCUGCUCCAGGAGCGUCCACCCCUCUCCGUCAGAAUCCCCACCAGCAGCCUCAGCAUGCCUCCAUCUCCUCGCCAAUCCGAACGACCCAUGAGCCCGGUUCACACCCACACUCGCACACGCCACCAAUCACAGGACAGCCUUCUGCUCAGCACCUCCACCGAUGGCCGACGCCCGAACACGGCCAGCUCCCUCCUCACCAUGUGGAACGGCUCCUCCUCCUACACGGCCGACGUUCUGAGGCGUGGCCCGAGCGGGGCGGCCAGCAUGCCCUCCAGUCCUAGGCUGGGGCGCAGGCUGCUGGCCCGGGACGGUGACCCCACAAUGGAGCCCUCCCCUCGACAGAGGAAGUACUCCACCGGCUCUUUAAAUGGACUGGGAGGAGGACACAGCCGCUCACUUCCCAGACUCUACAGAGGGGAUGUGCCCACCCUGUCCCUGCCCCCCCGCCGCUCCUCCAGGCCGCGCCGCAGCCUGCCCUCUCUGGAGCGCCCCCCAGACGUUACUGUGACGGCCAGCGUGUCCAGCAGCCCCCGCAGGGCCAGUCUGACUUCACUGGGCUCGGCGCCGUGCCUGGACCUGGGUCUGGGGGAGAGGAGGCUGUCGUUUGGUAAGGGAGGGGUGGGCUCGGGGAUGGGCCCGAGGAGAGGCAGCAUCACCUCCCUCAGCAGCAAAGAGGAUCUACGAGAUUACCAUCAGCGCCAGAGAGAUGAGAGGCUUCGAGAACAGGAAGUGGAGAGACUGGAGCGUCAGCGUUUAGAGACUAUUCUGAGUCUGUGCUCUGAUCUGGGCCGUGUGGAGAAUGGCUCCAGCGUCUCGGACCUGCAGAAGAUCAACCGGGAGCUGGAGAAGCUGCAGGUCUCAGACGAUGAAUCUGUGUUUUCAGACUCGCUCAGCGCGGCUCCAGAGAACGGCACGAGUGUGAAGAGCAGAGGAGAGAUCCUCCAGCCCCAGAGACAGCACAGACUGAGCUUCCACAGAGAGACCAGGCCUCAGUCUCCCACCAGCAGCGUCCGCAGCUCCACACACUCCACACCUCCACACCUUCAGAGCCAGGGGGCGGAGGAAGUGCAGAUGAGGCAGGAAGUGACCCGCAUAGAAGAGGAGAGGAUUCAAGUUCUCAACAACAUCGAGGAGCUGGAGCAGAAGAUCAAGGAUUUAGACACGCAGAUGGACGAGUCUGUCAGAGAGAUGGAGGUGGAGAAGGCUCUGCUGGAGGGGGAGCAGGAUGCAGAGCUGGCUCUGCUACAGACAGAUAAGGAGACGCUGGAGCAGCUCAAUGAGAAAAUGUCCAAAAUGGAGAAAACCACAAACACAGACAAGACUCAGGACAGUGCCCUGCUGGAGGCUGAGAGGGUUAAAGUAGAGAAGCUAUCAGAGCUGAUCUCAGAGCAGAAGAGCCAGCUGGACUCGUGUCCGGAAGCGCUGAAGGAACAGCUCCAGAGUCAGCUCUCCAGGGACACAGAGAUGUUGGAGGCAGAGACGAAGCGCUUUGAGGAUUUGGAGUUUCAGCAGCUGGAGAAAGAGAGUCAUCAGGAUGAAGAGAAAGAGACACAACUACACGAGCUGCUCCGAGAGAUCGCCGAGUACCAGCGAAACAUCGUCACACGCAAGGAGCGGCUGCUGACCCUGAAGAAACAGUCCACCCAGAUCACACAACAGACUCAGCGGGAGAAAGAGAACUUCCUGAAGGAGAAAAGCAACCUGCACCUCAUGCUCCAGAGAGAGCGGGAGAACCUGUCUACGUUGGAGAGAAAGUAUGCAGAGCUGACUGGUGGUCAGGCUUUCCCUCUGAAUCCUGUGACGAUGAAAGAGCAUUUCCGCUCCAUGGAGGAGAGAAGGCGGAGUAAUGGCAGUAAGGAGGGCGGGGCUCUGCUGAGUGACAGCAGUGUUCCCCGGAAGAGGGAGAGGCAGAGUUCUGGAACCUUCAGCAGUUCUACUUUGGGCCGAAGCCUUUCUCCAAAGCCCCAUCUGCCUCUGUCUCAGAGCUCGAGCUGUGGCAGCGUCCUGCCCCGUGCUCUCUCUCUCACCACCAGAGACCUGGACACUCGCCGCCUGCUGAAGACUGGUCAGCUGUUUUUGAAUGAUGAGAGGCAGAGACUGAACGACAUGACCAGUAGGACCGUUUCUGAGUCAAAUGUCUUCCUGGACCCGUUCCACUUCCUAGAUAAUGGGGGAAACUUCGAUACCAUGAGCGUGGAAAGUUCAGACAGCCUGGAGACCAGCAUCUCUGCCUGCUCUCCAGACAACAUCUCCAGCAGUGCCAGUACAGCUAAUGUGGCUAAGAUCGAGGAGAUGGAGCGUUUGCUGAGAGAAGCACAGGCAGAGAAGCACAGGCUGCUGGAGCACAGGAUCUUACACUGCCCCUCUAUGUUGGGCUUGCUGCAGGAGAGAGAGAUGGAGCAGCGCAGGCAGGCUCUGGAGGAGGAGAGGAGGAGGAGGGAGGAGCUGGAGAGGAGGCUGCAGGAGGAGACUCACAUACGGCAGAAACUCAUCGAGAGGGAGGUGAAGCUCCGGGAGAAGCAGAGGAAUCAGACUCGUCCGCUGACCCGUUAUCUGCCGGUGAGGAAGGAUGACUUUGACCUGCGGGGUCACAUAGAGGCAGCGGGACAUCACCUGGACACCUGUUAUCACCUGGCCAUCACUGAUAAGACCUGCCGCGGGUUUCUGGUUAAAAUGGGGGGAAAAAUCAAGACCUGGAAGAAGCGCUGGUUUGUGUUUGACCGUAACCGCAGGACCCUGGCGUAUUAUGCAGAUAAACACGAAGCAAAGAUGAAAGGUGUCAUCUAUUUCCAGGCCAUAGAGGAGGUGUAUUAUGACCAUCUAAAGAAUGCACAUAAGAGCCCGAACCCCUCGCUGACGUUCAGCGUGAAGACACAUGAUCGGGUGUAUUACAUGGUGGCUCCCUCCCCCGAGGCCAUGCGGAUCUGGAUGGAUGUGAUCGUCACGGGAGCCGAGGGUUACACACAUUUUCUGGUGUGAACAGCAGCCUUCCUAGACCACACACACACACUGCCAUCCCCAGCAUCCACAGUGAUUCACCGUGAUUUGUUUAGCUCAUGGAAAGGGCAUCAUUCUCAGUACUGGAGACAAACGCUUUUAUACUCUAUAUAUUAAAAUAUGUUGUUAUAACAGGCAUAUGUAUGAACUGACGUUAUAAAGACCUGAGAAAAGCAUAGCAGACAUUUACAGGUACUGGAAUAGUGUGUGGCUGGAACCUGCACACCCUGACCCAUUUUCUUAAGUUUCAGGGUGAAACUCUAGAUGGAUCAUUCUUCGUGACACAGAUAUGGUGCUUUUGCCCUACUUUGCUUCUUUUAAUGGGCAAUUAGAGCAUUUUGGGUGGUCAUGAAUUGGAUAUACCUCAGAAAUGCAUGGUUUGAUGAAAGCUACAGGUAAGCUAAGGGUAAUUGCUGAUCAGUGAGAGUCAAUUACUAAAAACUGUAAUUGUUGAAAUAACACAGCCUUUUAUACAUCACAAGCAAUAUUUUUUUAUAGUAUACUAUUUUUUUUUUUUUUUUAGCUAUGGUGCCUGCAUGGGGUGACAGAACAUCCUGCAGCAGAGUGUUGUUUAAUGCUGAGCUUAUUUUAACAUCACAAAAGUCACAAUAUUGAGCUCCUGGUCUAAGCUAGGCCUGUUGGAAGCAGAUAAAUCACUAAUGUUUCAGGACAAAGACUAUUAACUGAUGCAGGAGCAUGCCAGGGGUUUAGUGCUGUUUCGGUAAGGUCUGUCCUGGAAGGAAAUCGUUUCUUUUGUGCCUCAGGAACACAAGACCAAAAACAAAAAAAGUGUAACACCAAAGAUGUUUAUUUGUAUCUGUACAAUAUGAAUGUAAGGCAGGAUUUAUUGGCAUACUUAAGAUUUUAUUAUCUGGUUGCCACAAAUGCUAAUCUGCUAAUCAGGUUUGUACAUUUAUACAGUAUUUUGAUAUUUAGAUCUUUUUAAUCCAGUAUGUUAUCAUAACCCUUUUCUGUUUUUGGUGAAAUUGUAAUAUUUGUCCAUCACCAGCAGAGGGCUACACUCACUCUAUUUGCACAAUGAUUCCAACAAAAAAAAACAUUUUUUUUUAUAAGCUUCUGUUUAAUUGAUCGUAGGUGCAGAAGAAAAGCUCCUUUUAUAAAAAGGAAACAUGUGUUUUGUUGAUAUUCUAUUUUACAAUUAUAAUUAGACUAGCAUAUACAAUACAGUAUAAGGAGUGUAGUUACUAUGUUUUUGUUCACGACUGCCUUAAAAGUGUUAAUUCAGUCAUUCUCAGACGUUAUCAGUACUAUGUCAAAUAGUGAUGAACAAUAUGAACAAUAUGGGCUCUGAGGUGACAUCACUUAAAGCUAAUAACAGAGUUACUAUAAGGCAGGGGUGUCCAAACUUUUUUUUUGUUGGGGGCCAGAAGGAGAAAUAUAUUUGAAGUCACGGGCCACAGACUCUGUAAUAAAACAAAUAAUGAAAUAUACCACUUUAAAUAAUACAUUUUCCUGAUUACUUUCAUUUACACACCAUUUUACUUGACUUAAUAUCUUUAUCUUUGACAGUGUUGUGUAAACUAAGAUUUUUCAAAUUGAUGUUUAAUUUCAUGAUGUCUCUUAAUAUUAAACUCCUUAAUUACAGCAACUUUUAGACUCUGUUUUUCUGUGCUAGAAAUGCGCACUCUCUCCGCUUUUAGACUCUUUGGCCCGUUUUUCUGCGCUAGAAAUGCGCACUCUCUCCGCUUUUAGACUCUUUGGCCUGUUUUUCUGCGCUAGAAAUGCGCACUCUCUCCGCUUUUAGACUCUUUGGCCCGUUUUUCUGCGCUAGAAAUGCGCACUCUCUCCACUUUUAGACUCUUUGGCCUGUUUUUCUGCGCUAGAAAUGCGCACUCUCUCCACUUUUAGACUCUUUGGCCCGCUUUUCUGUGCUAGAAAUGCGCACUCUCUCCACUUUUAGACUCUUUGGCCUGUUUUUCUGAGCUAGAAAUGCGCACUCUCUCCGCUUUUAGACUCUUUGGCCUGUUUUUCUGCGCUAGAAAUGCGCACUCUCUCCGCUUUUAGACUCUUUGGCCCGUUUUUGUGCACUAGAAAUGCGCACUCUCUCCGCUUUUAGACUCUUUGGCCCGUUUCUGACACCUAGCGUUCAAACUUUGAAUCUUUGACCUGCUUAACAGCGGGCCAACUUUCAUUCUAUUUCUAAAAUACCUCGCGGGCCGCUCCAAAAAAGGAUACGGGCUGCAAAUGGCCCGCGGGCCGUAGUUUGGACACCCCUGCUAUAAGGGCUAAGCAGAUGUGUCUGCCAGCAAUGUGUUGGCAAAGAUGAAUUAUUACAACACUGUAGUUUGACAGCAGCAGCCUGAAGGAGUGUGCUGGAUUACUGACAGCUCAGUGUCUGCUUUAAUCUCAGAGCAGUGUGAUUUAAUUCAUACACAAAACUAUAAAAGACAUUUAGAGGGAAAUUCCAGGAUUUUAGUGCAUUUCAGGGGUGGUCUCUUCUGAAAAUUUGAUUUUCAAUUUGAUCAUUUUUAGUCAUAUAUUUAUUAAAUACAGGUAAUAGACUAUCAAAAGGUUUGAUUAAUCAAGCUCAGACAUCAAAGCAGUAUUUAAAUUAGAUUAUGCAAUAUAUUUGGUAACUUACAGUAACAGGGUUGUGAGUAACAGGGUUGUAAAUCUAUGCUAAGUUGUGGUUUACCCCAGGAACAGAUGCUAACUGUAACAUUUAGCUAUGUAUACAAGAUCAAGCACAAACAUGGUUAUAUAAGUAUAUAAAGUAAAUUUUGACUCUACUCAUUAUUAGUCUUACAAUAUGAGUAACAGGGUUGAGUUCACUGAGUGACACAAACAACCUGGACAAACAUAUUUAGAAAAAAACCUGUUAUAAAAUUGUUAGAGCACUUACUCUUGGUUUUGCCAUGUGGGCAGAAAAUGUCCUUGUGAUGUCACUUCCUUUGUGCCAGUAGACAGUAAUAUUUUUAACUCUUUCUCUGCAGGUAAAAUUCCUUAUGGUAACAGGGUUGAGCGCAUGUUGUGGGACACGACUUAAUAUCAUAAAAACUGUAACAUGCAAAACAAUGUAGACCAAAGAAGUUGUUUUCAUGAGUAAAGGAGAUGCAGAUCAACAAUAUACAAGAGGAAGUCAUUUAUUUAGAGCUUAUUUUAAUUGUUAAAUUUGCCAAAGGAGUUGGUCACCCAAUGAGUGGGACAAGAGAAAACGGCCAUUUUUUGAGGUGCUCCAAAGGUAUUCGGUCUUUUGAAUAAUAUCUAAGGAGCUUAUUUUUCCACCAUAUUUUACAGUUUGUUUUAUAACAAGUACAUUUUUCACAAAAAAUAGUCAUUUAGAUAUUUUGGAUAUGUACAUUUGAAAUUUAAGAGGUGGGACAGGAAAAUCCUGGAAUGUCCCUGAACAGUAUUUAAACUGUAAUCAGACAGGUAGGAAGGUGGUACAGACUGUAGUUAAUAUACUAUAUUAUAUUACCCGUCAGUGGUGCUAGGAUUAAAGUGAGUAAACGUGUAUUAAACAGUGUUAUGGAGCGUAUAGACUGGAGCAGGAUUAAAUGGUACAGGCUGUUAAUGGCUGACUCUACUCUGACUCUAAAGGUUUUAUUACUCAGACAACAGCACACAUGCCUUUAAUUAUUUAAUAUGUAUUGCAAUGUUUUUGUAAUCAGAUUUGUUUGUAGUUUUAAUCAGUUGUAUUAAAUGCAUCAUCAUCAUUUUUGUAAUGAUGUUAAAGUAUGUUUUAUUCCUGGGCAGAUUCUGCUCUGUUGAAAUAUAAUCCUAUAAUAAAGUCCUAUUCAACAUCAUGUUACAAA